UGGUCCUGAUUGGUCAACAAGCGGCACGUGAUACGGAAGUAGUGUCAAUGGCGGAGCGGAGUGAUGAUGCGGCAGGAAUCCAGCGAUGACGCGGAGGACGUGUCGCUCUUCGACGCUGAGGACGAGGGGCCGCGGAGACCAAAGAAGAAGAAGAUCCGACAUCCAGUGGCCUGUUUCUUCCACCUAUUUUUCCGAAUCAGUGCAAUAAUUGUCUACCUUCUUUGCGAACUCCUGAGCAGCAGCUUUAUCGCCUGCUUUGUGACAAUAAUAUUACUCCUAUCAUGUGACUUCUGGACUGUAAAAAACAUCACCGGUAGACUACUGGUGGGAUUACGUUGGUGGAAUCAGAUCGAUGAUGAUGGAAAGAGCCACUGGGUCUUUGAGGCCAGGAAGCCUUCUGGAAAAGGGAGGAGAGCAUCUUCGGAAGCAGAAUCCAAAAUCUUUUGGUUAGGAUUAAUUAUCUGUCCGAUCAUGUGGGUUAUUUUUGUCUUCAGUACUUUCUUUUCCUUUAAACCAAAAUGGCUGGCUGUGGUCAUCAUGGGUGUUUCACUCCAAGGAUCUAAUCUGUACGGUUAUAUCAAAUGCAAGAUGGGAAGCGGAAAAAAUCUGACCAGCAUGGCCAGCUCGUACCUGGGCCGCCAGUUUUUCAAAACGGCAAUGAAGACAGAAGACAGUGAAGAGCCCUGAAAGGGGGAGUGCCAUUUUGGAAAAUAAACUUGAGAUAUUUUCUUUACUUGCGAACAGUUCUUGAUUCUGAACGCUGGCAAUUUUCAGUUGUUUUCCGUAACACCCAAAGAAUCAAUUAUAAUUGUUUUGGAACUUGUAACUUGUAACUUUCUUAUUAAUAUCUGAUUUAAGUAUUGGAAGCUG